AUGGACAAUGAAGAUGGCACAUUCCUGGUGGAUGCCUACUGCAUUGAAGCCCUAUCAAACAAUCCAAAAAUUCCCUUGACAGCUUCUCAUCUCCUCCUUUGGGCCAUGCUCCAUGGAGGUGACUAUAACCUGGGAGGACUUUUAGGCUGUGGCAGUCAAGUCAGCCAGGCUUUGCUUGCAGGUAACCUUGGUGACUCACUGAUGCAAGUUAUGACAUCAGCAAUGCCUGCACAGCUUCCAGGCAUGCUCAGGACAUGGCAUGAUUGCCUCUGCACGGUCCUGGUUGAUGGUACUCUGGGGAGAAAGUACCCAGCACUUGCAGUGUCUAUCCCUGGAGACUUUCCCAGUGUAGACAUCAUGUGCCUUUACCUCAGUCCAGUCACCACUUGGUCUGAUGGCACCAGCUCAUCUUCACUUCCACAGUUUGGUCCCACUCAGCCUGAUCUGAUGUAUCUUGCUGCAUUCUGCAAGGCUUGCCUCAGUUAG